UUGCUUCGGCUCUUCACCAACACCCAUACUUAUCGACCACCGCGUAUCUCCAGCGCAUCCUUUUUUAAAUCUCCCACUCAACCUGGAGCAUUCUCCUUUGAUGAUGUCUGGCCUAGAAAGCGAUUAUGCAGUACCCCCACCACCACCUCCGGAAGUUUCAGCCCCCCUCCUCCCAGCGAUUUACCACCUCCACCACCGCCAGAAGAACCUAUAAUAAAGAAGGUAAAAGCAGGAUGGGGCAGUGCGUCACGAGAUCGUGGGCCCCUAAGUAUCGAGGAUAUUCUAAAGAAGAAAAAAGAGGCCGAUGAAGCGGCAGCAAAGCCCAAAUUUCUAUCCAAAGCUGUUCGGGAAAGGCUGGCCCUCGAGAAGAGAGCAAAGGAAGUUGAAGAACAGAAGCGCAAACUCGAGGCGGCGAGAACUCCUAACUUCCCACAACGGAAUGGCUACGCCCCCCGGAAUGGCGACCACCCAGAACAACGAGAGAGCAAUGGUCGGGGCUCUUCAUCUGUGCCUACGGGUCCCAGAGCUAUGCGACACGGCGAUCAACCAUCCGGUCGAAAUGGUCAGCAGGGCAGCUCAAAUGGUGACAGACCAAGCGGUGAUAUGGAACCCCCUGUGGUCCCGGCGGGUUCGCAGGUCUCGAGCUGGAUGGUGAACUCGGCUGGGAAGAAGCGCGCUACGAAUGGCGGGGAUGCACAGGAUGCACAAGCUGCUCUCAUUCGGACACGUUACAUGGGCCCAGAUACCAACAAGUCAACAUUUUCGGCAAAGAACAAGCGCCGGCGGACGACCGAGAAGAAAUUUAACUUUGACUGGAAUGGUGAUGAAGAUACCUUCUCGGAAAAUGACACGCUGUACUCCGCUCGAGCCGAUGCGACUUUCUAUGGAAGAGGAAGGCUUGGUGGAUAUGCGGAAGAGAUCGGAUCAGGAGGUGCAAUCAAGUAUGCUAAAGCACUGGAAGAACGUGAUGCAGGAGCUGGCAAGGCACGGGCACAAGAAAUGCUGGAUAUGGAACGACGAAGAAAAGAAGAUGCAUCGGGCAGAAACUCUCUCGACAAGCAUUGGAGCGAGAAAAAGCUGGAGCAUAUGCGCGAACGAGACUGGCGUAUUUUUAAAGAGGAUUUCAAUAUCAGCACUAAAGGUGGAGCGAUACCAAAUCCUAUGAGAAACUGGCAAGAGUCGAAUCUUCCGAAACGUCUGAUGGAUGUUAUUCAACAGGUUGGAUACGACGAGCCCUCAGCUGUGCAAAGAGCUGCCAUACCUAUUGCCUUACAGGCCAGGGACUUGAUCGGUGUUGCUGUCACUGGUUCUGGUAAGACUGCUGCAUUCUUACUUCCUCUACUGGUCUACAUAUCUGAAUUGCCACCUCUGAACGAAUUCACGAAGAACGAUGGACCCUAUGCAAUCAUCUUAGCACCUACCCGUGAAUUGGCUCAACAAAUCGAGGUCGAAGCUCGGAAGUUUGCGACUCCUCUCGGCUUUACUUGUGUCAGUAUCGUCGGUGGUCAUUCAAUCGAGGAACAGUCCUACAAUUUGCGAAAUGGUGCCGAGAUCAUUAUCGCGACUCCAGGUCGUUUGGUAGAUUGUAUUGAAAGACGGGUGCUAGUUUUGGGACAGUGCUGUUAUGUCAUUAUGGACGAGGCUGAUCGUAUGAUCGAUCUUGGCUUCGAGGAAUCUGUCAACAAGAUCCUUGAUGCGCUCCCCGUUGGCAAUGAGAAGCCUGAUACAGAUGAUGCAGAGGACCCUCAAGCAAUGAGUCGACAUCUAGGUGGGAAGGAUAGGUAUCGACAGACCAUGAUGUACACGGCCACUAUGCCGUCUGCCGUGGAGAAGAUAGCGAAGAAAUAUCUGAGACGACCAGCAAUCGUCACCAUUGGUAACAUUGGAGAGGCUGUAGAGACUGUCGAGCAACGUGUCGAAUUCGUUUCCGGGGAGGAUAAGAGGAAGAAGCGCCUGAACGAGAUCCUUGCGUCUGGAGAGUUCCAGCCACCUAUCAUUGUGUUUGUCAAUAUCAAGCGAAAUUGUGAUGCUGUGGCUCGAGAUAUCAAGCAAAUGGGCUUUUCAUCAGUCACUUUGCAUGGUAGCAAGACACAAGACCAGCGUGAGGCUGCUCUGGCGUCCGUCCGGUCUGGAGCGACAAAUGUUCUGGUUGCCACCGAUCUCGCAGGAAGAGGUAUCGAUGUACCAGACGUCAGUCUUGUGGUCAACUUCAACAUGGCAACCAAUAUCGAGAGUUACACGCAUCGUAUCGGUCGUACAGGUCGUGCCGGCAAGAGUGGUGUUGCCAUCACUUUCUUGGGCAAAGAGGAUGCAGACAACAUGUAUGACUUGAAGCAAAUGUUGACGAAGAGCUCAAUCUCCCGCGUCCCGGAAGAACUUCGAAAACACGAGGCUGCGCAGCAGAAAUCUACUAGGAGCGGAGGAGGGCAGAAGAAGAUCGAGGAGAGUAGUGGUAUCGCGGGAAAGAUAGGGGGUUGGUAA